AUGUCUAUCACAGGCUCACUUCUCCAGCUCCCUCCAUUGCACUCCCUCAAGCUCUCAUCUUCCUCCGUUACCACCCCUUUUCUCCAUGGCUCCACUCCCCUCUCUCUCCUCUCAAAACCCUCUUCAGCUCUCACCACUCCAACUCUCUCCCCGCCCUCUUUCCUUCCCCCAAUUCGAGCCAUGAGAUCAAUGCGGGGACGCGUCGUUUGCUCCACCAACGACAAGACCGUGUCUGUUGAGGUGGUUCGUUUAGCUCCUCAUCCCAAGUACAAGAGAAGGGUCAGGAAGAAGAAGAAGUUUCAGGCACAUGACCCAGAAAACCAAUUCAAGGUUGGGGACAUUGUUCAGCUCGAGAAGAGCAGACCCAUUAGCAAGACCAAGACUUUCAUCGCUGUUGCUGUUCCCGAUAGGAAUUCCCCCAAGAAAAGUGGUGAAGAAGGACAACAAGAGCUUGGGAUUCCCUUGGAGUCUCAGCAACAACCGGUUUAGGAUAUAAAAGUGAGGGUUUUGUAAUUCGAUGUUGGUUUGUGAAUUUUUACUGCUUUUGAUUUUCCUUCUUACUUAUUAUGAUAAUGUUUCAAGUUUUAGUGUAUUUUGAAUGCCCUUGUUGAAUUGAUAAAGUUUAGUCUUUUAUAAAUUUGAGCUGUUUUUCUUUGA